UUUCAAUGAAAUGUGAAAACACUGGAGCAGACGCAGAGCUAGGAAGGCAUUCGAACGAUAUUUGCUUAGCAGUUCCAACUACCAUAGCAGUAAGACUCAAGGCUGUAGAGCAGCAAUGUGCUAUUAUAUUUCUGAAAGAACCAAUAAUAUCACGAACCUGAGUCUUACAGCGCACAGACACGGAUUAUUCAUGCAACGUACAACCAUGUUUAAGACUCUGGUCUAUGGUCAUCAUUAAGAACCGCGUAAGAAUCCAGGACAGCAGUACCACUGUUAAAAAAAAAAAGGACAUCGCAAUCCCUUUUUAUCUGUACCACCAAAUUCACUUUGCGUUCGGGAGGGACUUCGCUGUGAAAACCGAAACCGAGACUGCAAAGCCGACGCAACGUACUGAGGGGGCGCCACAUGAUCAUUUUCGACGCCAUUUACAAAGUUGGUUUUAAUUAUUCUAUGGGGAGCGCGUAAUCUGGAAGCUCCGAAACUAUGCGGCCGACGCACGUGUUGUUGUAAAGUGCGGUUGGAGCCUUCGGUUUAUUUUCGCUAUUGUCAGUCGUUCGCCAUCUUGGACGUUCACCUACCAGUCAAGAGAGACUUCUGAAACGGUUCGCGAUCAGUGAACGGUGCGGCCGUUCUCUUAUCUGGAUAUGCCGGAGUAUGCGUAUCGCCUCUGUGGCUUCGCCAGCGGAGUCGAUGGGAGAUCUGUCAACUUCAAGGAACCCCUGCCCCACGCCCGUGUCUGCGGUUUGUGCGGCUUCGUGCCUAUGAAACUAGCAGUGCUUCCUUGCCUUCACGUCUUGUGUAGUUCUUGCCUUGGAGGCUGUGCACAGGGCGAUGGUGCUGCCUGCUGUCCCAUGGACAAAACGACGUUCCAGGUGGAAAACGAAGUCCAGUGGGUGUCGCCCCCUCGCGCCUACUUCGAGAAACAGCGGGUGAGCUGUUGGAAUGCUAGCAAUGGCUGCGACUUCGAAGGUCCCGUUGGAGAACUGCUGGAUCACUUCGAGAACCACUGCUCCUUCCACGCCACCACGUGCCCCCGCUGCCAGGAAAACGUAACGCGCGGCAACCUGCCGAGUCACUACACCGCCGGAUGCGCCGCCGCGCCGCGCAUAGAUGGCAGAGGCGACGCGGCAGUCAUGAUGCACACGAAUGAGCUGCCGAGCCUCAACGCAGCUCUAUGCUCGUACCACGACUUGCUGACGUCCAUACAGAGCCAGAUGAACGAGCUGACGGAGCUGGUCACCGGCAUCAGCGCCGCAAUUGUGGAGCGGGAACUAGAGCUUCGUCCCGACGCCACCACCAGACGAGGAGCGCAACCAGGCGCAGAUCUAGACACCAUCCUGAUGCCGUUUGCACAAACUAGCGCUGCAAUAACUGAGCGUUUCGACAAUAUGAACCGCUCUCUGCCUCUGGAAGAUAACUUCGGCGUCUUCAGUGGCGAGACACUUGGUGGUGGCGCUACCAGGGCCACAGAGCGGGAAAUAAUGCAAUCAUCCUCGAACGACAAGGACUGGGGCUGGUGGUGGAAUGCUAAUAAUGCAAUCAUCCCUGAACGAGCUGGACCGAGGGUGGCGGAACGACCGGGACAGGGGGUGGAGCACUGGGACGGAGCGGGGGUGAGGGGCCGAGGACUCCGGGAAUUCCGAGUUACUGACCGACGAUCGGGCUGGGACCACACAUACGGUCCCAGCCCGCUCACUGGGACGUGGGCGCAAUGCUAGAGGCACAGAAUAAUAAGAAUUAAAAAAAAGAUUUAGAGAAGGGAAGCUGUACCUUGCAUGAUACAGCUUGCACAAGUUGGUUCAACGUUAGCAAUGAUAAAGCAGCACGAAAGGCAUAGACCAAAAAAAUAGAUACACGCACAAGUACUGUGUGUUUACAUCUUCCUUCGUUCGCGUCUUUCGCGUUGGUUGGAUAUUUCUAAAGUUCAUUAGAAAUUACCGUAGCGUGCAUUUUUGUGGCCUCAAUCACUAGCCAUUCCACUGGCUCCAUUCUACACUUCCAUACCUCACUAUUAAAGCACCUGCCAAGGCAUUUCCUGCAGUAAAAAUGGUUCAUCCCACCCCAGAGUCUGCAACGUUGCUUAUAGAUGAGGAUGGCGAUAUGGACUUGUUGGUUAGUCAUCAUGCAACGGUAUCUGGUAUGGUGCAGCAGAACACAUACAAGAAACGACAGACGGACACAAGCAUUAUGUUCGUUUGUCUCUGUUCUUCUUGUGCCCGUGUUUUGCUGUGCUAUACCAGAUACCAUUCUAUGUUGCUUGUAGAGCCCUGUGUUGGAAUAGUGUCGCAUCUAUUCGCGACAAUUUUGCUGUUAAAAGAAAGAAACUGUGGUACUUAGGCAAGUCAUGGGGAUGCAACGAUUUUAUGAAGUUAUAACUGUUAGCCAGUAUAUCGCCAUGAAAGUAUGGGUACCAUAAUGUCUUCAUAUCAGCAGAAGUCUAGUUAAAUGUAAAUGCUUGUUUAGAAAUACGUCUACUUAAAAUGUGUUAUUUUUUUUUCUUCAUCUAGUGUUUCAUGUUAGAGCUUUUUUGUGUGCACAUGUGAUUCGAACCAAGAUAUAGUUGGAAGACAGCAUUGCCUACAGCAAGUAGUUUCUCCUGCAUGCUUCUGCACUGCCUCUUGUUAAUGCACAAAAUCAGUACCACCUCUCCUUGACGCCUAUGGUGUUGAAAGUCUUAACUGCGACUAAUAAUCUGAGUGGUGUCACACAGCAAGUGCCGGCAGAUAAAAAUUGCUUGUGAGGCACUAAUACAUGUGUUGGCAAGUGUUGGGGGCUUUGCAUUUGAUGCCUUAAAAUGUUCCUAUAGCAGAUGGCGACUAACAAUGAAACUGAAAUUCACUGUCUUACUGGUCAUGGCACCUAAUUUACUGUGCAGUUCAGUGUAGUUUUAUAAGCUGUCUUGAAUACAUGUUUUUUUUUUUCUUGAGCAAUUUGUUAAUUCCCAUGAAAUUUUGUCAGUAGUUCUCAGUAUCUAUUUUCUGUAUGAAGGAUUACUAAUGUUAUCUGCUGAGUGAUAACAGUUCAUCUGUUGUGUUUUGAGCCUUUACUAGUGUUUUUGUUUUAUUUUAUUAUUUAAAAUUCCCAAGAAACAUGGUAGGGCAUUGUUAUCACAUGCAAUAUGAAAGCAUACUAUACACCAGCCAUUAAGCUAAGUCUGGGUAACUAGACGUUCAGAGACCUUCAGAAGCAGCCUCAAGCAGCAACGAGUUAAUCUCAGUUAUGGGCAAUAACGCUUGAUAAGCUUAACUAGGCACGCAAGUAUGUGCUACCUCUAGGUAAAGUGAUUGGCCCCACAAGAGCCCUGAAAGUUAAAUAACCCGUAAUUUCAUGCACUCUAUUUUGUCCCCUGCAUGUGCACUUUGUGACAAUAGCAAACACAGGUGCAAUUUUCAUGCUUCAUUUGCAAACUCUGUGCUAUUUUAAAUGCACAUUGCUCCCACAAUAAUAAACUUAAGUGUGCACAACUCACAACUACUCGCAAGCCUGUUUUUCCGCUGUGCACUAUAUGUUGCUCACAAAAGCUGACCUUUUUCAGUUAAAUCUGAAUUUCAGAAAAAGUUAGGCACACCUUUCCAGUUAUAUUUCGAAUUGAAUAUUCCGAACACUAUAUAGAAACAAGUGCUUCUAGCUCAACUAUCAACACUUGACUGGCAUGAGAGACAAUGCACCCACGAGGUGGAUGUGACGCAUCUUUAAAUUAAAAGCAAACAUUGGAGCCUUGGGGUCGCAGCUGGAGUACAGAUGGUGGCCCUCCAGUGAUUGUUGAGCUUCUUUUCCAUGCUUGUAGUCUGUAGCCUUACAUUGACGAUGGCUUCCUAAACUUGUGCCCAAAAGGGAAGCAAAGAAAUGCAGAAAACAUAUUCAAAGGUAAAUAACGCUAGCAUAGAACACAAUAAGCAAAGUGAUUAGAAUAUCGACAGCCAAGUGUGAAAUGCAUGAAAAAGUACCUUGUUUGGGUUCAUGCACUUGUUGCGGCAGUUUUACUAAAGAAUUCUUUCUUGCUGAUGUCAAAGUUGACAAAGGGGUUAGCGGCUUUCGCAUCGCGAGAAAUGGCCGAAAAGUCCAUUUUUUUGUAAAUCACAUUUUCAGUUUAACUAUUUUUCUAUCCGAUUCCGAAAUAUCACAGACUCGUCGCAAGGCGCAUUUCUCAGACUUCAAAUUUGGUGCUUCAGCUAUCUCCACCAUACAGAUACGAGCGCACAAAAGGCAAAUGAUUAUUUCAUAAUUUCAUCAUCAUAUCCUUAGCAGUGAGCUCAUUCUCGCACAUACUCAGCUGUCAUCUCGAGUUGAUCACCAUCAUAAAGUAAGAGGCACUUUUUGUCACACAAACAGGUUUUUAUAUUAAUUUAUUCCACAUACAACGAACGACUGGAACCACCUUCCUGAUGCUAUUGUAUAAAUCGAAGACAGUGCACCUUUCCGCCGAACCUUGUUUGCUUUUUUUCAACUGUGAUCGUGCACGUGGCCACAUGUGAUGUAUUUGUGCAUGCGCUGUCGCGCCGUAUUUUGCUUUUGUCCAGUUCAAGUGUCACUGGGUUUAUAUAAUUUUAAUGUCAUAGUAUUCUUGUUAUUUGAGUGCUUAAUGAUUACGUUCGCUGCACAUGUCGCUUACAUCAUAUAAAUUUGUUGUAAUCAUUGUUGUUGUUUUUCGCAUGUAUCCCACUCUCCUCUAUAAUGCCUUGGCACUUGAGGGAAUUCGAAAUAAAUAAAAAGUUGA